AUGACUGAUUCAGAACUUGAUGCCAUUCGUGCUAAACGUCUCGCUGAAUUACAACAGCAACAAGCAGGCCAAUCACGGCCUGCAGGGAUCGAUCCAAAUGAUCGAAAUUCAGCCGAAGAACAACGGCAAAAACAAGAAGAUAUGCGAAAUACGAUGUUGAGUUCUUUGUUAACACAAGAAGCUCGUGCGCGUUUAAAUACCAUUUCAUUGACUAAGCCAGAAAAAGGUCGCAUGGUAGAAGAUAUUAUCUUACAAAAUGCUAGACGUGGUGCAUUUGGUGGUGGAAAAAUUAGUGAAGAACAAUUGAUUGGAUUGUUAGAACAAGUUAGCAAAGCUACAGAGAAGACAACCAAAGUGAAUUUUGAUCGACGACGGGCAGCACUUGAUUCAGAUUCAGAUUGA